AGAUCUUGUCGUUAUCCGGGCAUCCGGAUUUCCUUCAAUUUCAGCUUUCUCUCUCUCUCUCGUUUUGUGCUUCAAUUUUGCAUUCAAAGUCAAAUCACGAGCCGCUGUACAGUGACAAUAACUCAACUCUUUUGCAGCUUUAAAUUGCAGAUGGGAAAGGUAGUCAGUUCCAUACGCGGAGAACGAUCGCCAUCGCCACUGCUCAAUCUCCGCCGCUCCCUUCCAUUUUCAUUUCCCGUCGAGAUAAGCCAAUCUCUGACACAACCCCUUUUUCCGGUUUCUUCUAAUUUAAUUUCCUCCCUAAACUAUUUAACAAAUUCCCCAAUUUUAAAUUCUUGGGCUGCUGCAUUUGCCCCUUCCCACAUGUGGAGGAGUAUAUUCUUCCCCCACCAAGCAGAAGCAUCCGCUCGUUUUUCUGGAUCCGCGGGCGAGAUUUUAGGGAUGGGUCUGUGAAGAAUCGGACAUGGUUUUCUUUACUUCUUUGUCUUCUGCUGAGUACUGCGUCCGUACCCUUUGAAAUUCGGAUGGGUCUUUUUUGGGAAAGGUUCGUUUGUUUCAUAGAGAAGAAGUAAGUUGGAAACUGCACUGUAAGUGUUUGAUAAAAGUCCUGAGUGAAGAGAUAUGGGUUCUGGUAAUGGGUUUUACUCGACUUGCGAAUUCAAUUUGGAUGCCAAAUGGCUGAUCGAUCCCAAGCAUCUUUUUGUUGGCCCGAAGAUUGGGGAAGGUGCUCAUGCCAAGGUGUAUGAGGGAAAGUACAAAAACCAGAUUGUGGCUAUCAAAAUGGUGGGUAGAGGAGAUACCCCUGAGAGGAUGGCCAAGAGAGAAGCUCGGUUUGCCAGAGAGGUAGCAAUGUUGUCCAGAGUGCAACACAAGAACUUAGUGAAGUUUAUUGGCGCUUGCAAGGAACCUAUGAUGGUUAUAGUGACUGAAUUACUCACAGGUGGCACAUUGCGCAAAUACCUCUUGAAUUUGAGGCCAAGUAGCCUGGAACUUCACGUGGCGAUCGGGUUUGCGCUCGAUAUUGCUCGUGCAAUGGAGUGUUUACACUCCCAUGGAAUAAUUCACCGUGACCUUAAACCAGAGAACUUGAUAUUGACUGCAGACCAUAAAACUGUUAAGCUUGCUGACUUUGGUUUGGCAAGAGAAGAGUCAGUAACAGAGAUGAUGACUGCAGAAACAGGAACAUAUAGGUGGAUGGCUCCAGAGCUCUAUAGCACAGUAACUCUAAAACAUGGAGAUAAAAAGCAUUAUAAUCAUAAGGUUGAUGCCUACAGCUUCGCCAUUGUAUUGUGGGAACUCAUCCUUAAUAGGUUGCCUUUCGAAGGCAUGUCGAAUUUACAGGCAGCCUACGCAGCUGCUUUUAAGAACAUGAGGCCAAGUGCUGAAAAUCUUCCAGAGGAUUUAGCUUUAAUAGUGACAUCAUGCUGGAGAGAAGAUCCAAAUACAAGGCCAAACUUCAGCCAGAUCAUACAGAUGCUCCUACAGUCUCUCUCCCGAAUAUCGCCACGAGCACCCGUUAUCCCAACUCGGAUAUGUGCUUCAGAAAACGUUGUGAUGCCACCAGAAUCGCCUGGUACAAACUCCUUGAUGGCUGUCAGGCAUGGCUCGGAGGAACCCUCGCACAGCAUGAUCGAAGAAACCCCGAGAAGCUCCUUCUUCUGCUUUAACAAGUGUUACUGAUCCAAUAAUAUUUGUAGUUGUAUGAGAAUACCCAAUAAGCCAAACCAUGAAGUGUAACAGAAUUUGAGAUUGUUCUCAACUUAGAAGUUUGAGAAUCUCAGGUUUGUUCAACAGAUAUGUAGGAUCAUGAGAGAAGAUGGCACUCAUCUGUACAACUGGCAUGAAAUGUUCAUGAUUUCUGUUGGGAAUUAGAUGGUGGAAAAAAAUUAGCGAUCAUAAUGGUUGUAAACAAAGGGCUAAAUUACCAAAAAUACCCUUGUUUGA